AUGGCUUCGGAACAUUAUUACCAAGCACUUGAGAAUCAGCUCAUCCAACACCAUUCAUGGGGCUAUGCGGACCAUGUUCUCUCAAUUCCCUCGCAGAAUGGGACUGUCUUCUCAGAAACACCUCUACAGUCCGGCAACUAUGCUGAGGGUUAUCUACCUGCUAACUUGGAAGCGUCUGCCAACCACAUGCUCCUCUCCAACGCAAACUUUGAGAGCGACAUCGGUGCCAUGGGGUUAUCUGAUCUCAAUGUAAAGACCGCUGAUCAUGUAACAGACAUGAUUAUUCCUCGGCACCAUGACAAUCCAUACGCUUGGGGUUCACCAGAAAUGAUUCCUCAAGAAGUCGAAAUGGAUUAUUCUGCUUUCAUGAUGCUCGAUGACUCCUCUGCCAUCAACGUUGGUUUACAUGAAAGUAGCGGGUCGACCACCUUCCAUGAACAAUGUUCAGCAUCGAAUGCCAUGAUGUUAUUUCCAGGAACUUCGGUAUCUUUCGCUGGGCCAUCAGAUACUCGGCAGAUGAGCUACGUUGAGCCAACGACAAUAUGCGAAGACCAAGCGAUUCUAAACAAUGUCACUCCACUACCUAAAUCUCAACGGCCAGCAAGCCGAAAGACAAUUCGCAGCGCGAAGAAGGUAUCCCACUCUGAUACUAAAUGGGAUGAGCUUCGAAAAGAUCAUCUCAAUCGCCUCUACAUCAAGGAGAAUCACACCCUGGAUGAAGUAGUCUUUGAAUUGGCUGCUAUCCACAAUAUCGAGAUCGGGAAGUCUACAAUCGAGAGACGACUCAAAGACUGGCCGGAAUUCUCAAAAAAUAACGUCAGCCAGCAGCACCAACAGGAGGGCGUCUCGACGCGCCGACGUACUGCAUCGGCAUUGAUGUCCUUGGGACCAAACUCCACCUCCCCUUUUGCACAGUUUCCAUUUGUCUCUCUGAAUACCACAAGACGACAAGCCGAAGUCGAGAGAAUACGGGAACUAUCCCCCGCUACCUAUCUCCACCAGGAGAGGAUGUUCCACGCGCUAGAUCAGCUCGUCAAAGGUCUUCUCGCCGCGGGCAAGAAAAGCUGGACAGUCGACCCAAUACGACCCAUCUCCUUCAUCGCACCAAACAGUAGCGGCCGUACAGAACAUGCGUUGACGACACGUCGUCCACCAACCUCACAAGACUGGGAACCUCUCGUCGAAAAGUGCCGCGGCAUGGCGACCCUCGCAGAGACAUCGCAAUUCAGCGAACUCCGGUCAGUAUUCGGCAACGUCCUGGCAUUGACAAAGCAAAUGGUACAGAUCUGCGCCCCAGAUUUCCUCGUCUACUUCUGGAAAAUCUGCAUCGCCCUCUUCCAAGUCCGCAUCGGAGGCCGGAAAGACUACCUCUGCCUGCGCCUCUUCCUUCACAACCUCGGCGCCCACCUUACGAGAUCCCCCGCGGUCGGCGCGCACCACGCCGUCACUGUCUUCACAGCGUCGCUGAUCGGCGUCGUCGAGUCGGAGCCGCUCGACCUCAAGGUCACGCUUGGCCUGGCGUACUGGAAGGCCAUCCACGUGCUCGCCAGCCUGCUGGGCGGCGACCACGCUAUCGUGCUGAACAUGACGACCCACUGCGGAAUCCUCGGCUCCGUGGGCGCUAUCGGAAAGGAUAUCUCGUUGCAGCUGGACUAUCUGCGCACCGUGUCUGCGAAGAAGAACUACGCCCCGGACGUCAUACAGCGGGCAGACGAGCUCUGCAGGAUCACCCGAGAUAUCAGCCUGAGCAAGGCAACUACGGGCCGCCUGAAAACGACCGUCACGACUCGAGCCUUUGAUUUCGCGACGGAACUGCUGACGGCGCACCACCUAGAGGCAGCAAGCCACGCGCGCGACGGGGAUUCCGUGGAGGCCAGUUAG